AUGUCUAGCUGCGGAGGAAACUGUAACUGUAGCGGUUCAUGCAAGUGUGGUAACGGAUGCGGGAUGUACCCUGACUUAGGCGAAACAACCUCAACUGCGGCCAUCGUGGUUGGCGUAACCCCUCUUAAGAUGAACACUGAAGGUUCAGAGACAAACUCUGGAACAGAAGGAAGCCAUGGCUGUAGCUGCGGAUCCAGCUGCAGGUGCAACCCCUGCAACUGUUGAUCAUC